AUGGCUGAAAAAAAGGCGGAGUUGCAAGAGCGGCUUCGUAAUGCAUUGAUUGAGGAAGGCGAGGACCCGGAUAAUUUCAUUUUUACCGGUGCAGGGGAUAUUGGUUUAGCGCUGCAAAACCUUUCGACCAAGUUAGAAAACAAGCUCAUGGAAAAUUGUGCCUAUCUUUUAGAAAACUCCACCAAGUUAGAAAAAAGGCUCGUGGAAAAUUGUGCCAACCUAGGAGGAAAGCUGGUGGAAAAUUGCGACGAUCUUUUAGAAAGCUCAGCCAAGUUAGAAAAUAGGCUCGUGGAAAAUUGUGCCAACCUAGAAGGUAAGCUCGCGGAAAAUUGUGCCAACCGAGAAGGAAAACUCUUGGAGUUACACGAAAGAACAGUCAAGCACAAAUAUGAAGGCCGAGCAAUUAUAUUAGACGGGGCUUCAGCUGGGUCAGUCGCUGAGUGCUCAAUUAGCUUCAGAUGGUCACAUGAAGAUUGUGCUGGUAGUGAUAAGAAAAAGCUUACUUCAGAACAGAAAAAUGCAGGUAAGUUAGAAUAA